CAGCUCCAACUUUUAGUAUAAAUAAUAAUCUAGGUACCAAUGGACAUCUACACAAAACAAACAAGCCGUGUCUUUAUUGAUCAGCUCUAAAAUGUCUCCCUUAUUAGGACUACUAAUAUCCUUAUUAUUGAUGUGGGUAGCUUAUUCUACACCUCCAGAAGAACCCAUUACGUGCACCAAUGGCAACUCAAAAUGCACAAUCACUAACUCCUAUGGUAUCUUUCCCGACCGCACUAUCUGUAGGGCAGGCUCCGCAGCCUACCCUACUUCGGAAGCAGAACUCAUUGCGACCGUCGCUGACGGCACAAGGAGAGGAUUGAAAAUGAAGGCAACCACCCAAUUCUCUCACAGCAUUCCCAAGCUAGUUUGUCCCGGGGGAGAAGAUGGUCUUCUUAUAAGCACCGAGCGCCUUAAUAAGGUGCUCAACAUCGACACGAAUGCCAUGACGAUGACGGUUGAGAGCGGGGUGACGCUUAGAGACCUCAUAAGUGAGGCUGCAAAGGCAAAGCUGGCUUUGCCUUACACGCCCUAUUGGUGGGGUUUGACCGUUGGAGGUAUGUUGGGGACGGGUGCACAUGGCAGCACUUUGUGGGGCAAGGGAAGCGCGGUUCAUGACUAUGUUAUUGGGCUUACGAUCGUCAGUCCGGGCAGUGAGGUGGAUGGAUUUGUCAAAGUCCGACGGCUCAAGGAAGGUGAUGAAGAACUAAACGCAGCCAAAGUCUCACUUGGAGUUCUUGGUGUUAUCUCACAGGUGACGUUUAAACUAGAGGCUCUGUUUAAAAGGUCAAUUAGUUACGUGAGCAAAGAUGACUCCAAUUUGGGAGAUGAAAUUGGGAGUUUUGGUAGGAAACACGAGUUUGCAGAUAUAACAUGGUACCCUGCUCAGCAAAAGGUAGUUUACAGAGUCGAUGACAGAGUUUCUUCCAACACUUCUGGCAAUGGUUUAUACGAUUUCAUUCCAUUUCGUUCCUCCCCCUCUGUAGUACUUGCACUUGCUAGGCUCACAGAGGAGAAUCAAGAUUCGUCAAAUGAUGAAGAUGGGAAAUGCAUUAGUGCGAAGCUUGUCACUGCUUUCCUUACUAAAAGUGCUUAUGGUUUAACAAACAAUGGUAUUUUGUUCACUGGAUAUCCAGUAAUUGGAUCUCAACACAAAGUUCAAGCAUCAGGAACAUGUUUAGAUAGUCUUGAAGAUGCAAGUAUCACAGCGUGUGCAUGGGACCCCAAUAUUAAGGGUGAGUUUUUCCACCAAACCACAUUUAGUGUAGCCUUGUCCUCGGCCAAGAGCUUCAUUCAAGAUGUUCAAGAACUUGUCAAGUUAAAACCAAAAGCCUUAUGUGGCAUAGAACGCUACAAUGGAAUUCUCAUGCGUUAUGUAACGGCCUCAACUGCUUAUUUGGGUAAAGAUGGAGAUGCAAUUGACUUUGAUAUCACUUAUUAUCGAAGCAAAGAUCCAUUGGUUCCAAGACUUUAUGAAGACAUACUUGAAGAGAUUGAGCAAUUGGCUAUGUUUAAAUAUGGAGCCUUACCCCAUUGGGGGAAGAACAGGAACAUAGCUUUUGAAGGAGUUCUAAACAAGUAUAAGAAUGGUAAAGAGUUUUUGAAGGUUAAAAAGGCUUAUGACCCUUUGGGGUUAUUCUCAAGUGAGUGGAGUGACCAAGUUUUAGGACUUAAGGAUGGGUUAAGUAUAGUGAAGAAGGGUUGUGCAUUGGAAGGUUUGUGUAGGUGUACAGAGGAUGUUCAUUGUGCCCCUAGUAAAGAUUAUUUCUGUCGACCAGGAAAAAUUUAUAGUGAUGCGAAGGUUUGUACUCGUUUGGAAACCAACGAUGAUUUAUUUGAACAGAUCAUAGACUCUGUCAUUGAUGAAAUUCGCGAUGAGCUUUGAUGUUGUUUGGAGUUCUCAUCAUGUUCUUCAUCAAAUCAUUGAGUCCUUUUGAAUGAUUAAAUAAAAUAAGAUUGUGUA